GCUUGGGGGUUGCGCGAGUCGCCGAGCGGCUCAGCCUGUACAUAAGCGCGCGUUUGUCCACCGCGUCCCCGAGCGUCUCCGGAGCCGGCUCUGCUCAGGCACCAAGGACGCGCGCGGAGCCAGCCCGCCUGCCCUGCCCAGCAGCCCAGACCGAAGCGGGUCCCGAGGGAGCACCUGUGGAGUCACCAUGCUGCCUCUGAGCACCAUUGAGGCCCAGGAGCCCGAGGAGGUGCAGACCAAGCCGCCGAAGAAAGGAGGCUUCUUUUCUAAGAAGAAGCCUGAUGUUCUGCCGAAGAAGUCCAAGAGAAUGAAGGGAACGGUGUCCUUCAGAGUCCUGCCGUUCUGCCCCGUGGAGGUGCCCUGGACUUCGGAGCCAGCCCUGCCCGGGCCCCCAGGACAAGCGGUGAGCAAGCCGGCGCGCUCCAGCCCAGACAUCGAGACCGAGCCCAGGGCCGGACGUCGCUCCCGCGGCCGCAGCUCCGAAGGGUCGGGCCGUGAAGGGAGGGCCUGCCGCGUCAUGAUGCUGCCUCUGAGCACCAUCGAGGACAAGGAAACCGAGGAGGUGCAGACCAAGCCUCCGGAGAAAGGAGCCCUGCUUUCUGAGAACCCUGAUAAGCCUAAGAAGAAGCCCAGAGGAAUGAAGGGAAGACUGUCCUUCAAAGUCCUGCCGUUCUGUCCCAUAGCAGGAGGGGAGGCUGGAGGGACCGUGGUGAGAACCAGGAGGCCCGUGGGGAGAGGUCAGGGGAAGCCCUGGGUCAGCCGAGUGUCUGCUUCAGCUAUUACCUGGAGCCGGAUGACGCUGAGCCCGAGCCCGAGCCCGAGCCCGAGCCCGAGCCCGAGCCCGAGCCCCAGGUGGCUCCUGACGCUUCGAAAUCGGACCCGAAUUGCAGCUUCGUCCCUCUGCCUGUGCUGGAGUUCCGCGAGGUCAAGGUGUGCGAGUGCCCCCUGUGCUGCCUCAGCUUCGUCACUGCUUCCUAAACCCUGAGGGCCCUCCGCUUCCCGCUCCUGACCGCGCGAGCCCGAAUCAUGCAUGCUGGGCUACCAUGAUGUAGAAUCCCCCAAUAUAGCGGCUUCAAUAAACCCAACUUGCAAUCUC